AUGAUAAGUAUAUUCGUUCUUUCGGUCACUUUUUUAAUUUUUAUAAGCGCAAAAACCAUACCAAGGGAUACCCCGACAGCAAAUCUCAUUGGAAAUAAAUUGUAUGUCUUGGGGGGAGAUGUUAUGGUCUUAAGUGGUUCAUAUCGACCAACAAACGAUUUUUUUUACCUUGAUGUUACAGAUAUACCUUUUAAUAAUACGAUAGGGAGAAUAUCAUGGACGGACAUUACACAUUUAGGCAAAGUACCGGCAAAUAGUUGGGCUUCAAGUGCAAUUGGAGGUGUAAACAAUGAUUUAAUCUUUUUGUUCGGGGGUCAAAUGGAAUUUAAUAAUGACAGUGCUCUCGUUUAUGUAUUUGAUACGAAUAAAGAAGAAUGGAAUAAACCAAACAUAAAGGGAGCGACUCCUCUAAGGAGGAGAAAUUUUGCUGCCGUAAGUGAUGAUGCUGGAAAAAUGUAUAUAUUCGGGGGAACUGCUGACAAAUAUACAGGAUAUCCAAAUACAACGGAUUUCAAUGACAUGACCAUUUUAGACACGGUAAAUUUAAUCUGGUAUGAAGGCUCCAAAGAAGGUGCUCCAAUACCAAGGACAAGUUAUGCUGUUGCAAUACUACCAGACGGAAUUAUAAUUUACAUUGGAGGAAUCCAAAGGUUCCCCAAUGAAACUUAUGAAUACGUCGAUAUGAGCGAAGUUUGGUCUACAAUGCAAAAUUUUGCCAAAAAGAUCGCAGAAGGUAACAUUCCCGGAGUCCGAGGAGAACAUACGGCUGUUUUAGCUCCUGAUGGAAGAAUUAUCAUUUAUGGAGGUGAAGUAAAUGAUACCGCAGCUAACCCACAACUGUGCGUUUUAAAUACUACCACAACUCCUUAUAUUUGGUCACAACCUAAAUCAUAUUAUCCUGUUCCCGAUCUUUGGUUACACACAGCCGUUAUGGUUGGUAAUUAUAUGGUAGUAGCAUUUGGAUUUUCGCCAACCCAUGGUCGAACUUCCGAUGUUUACAUUUUAGAUUUAAGUGAAAAUGACAUUUAUAAAUGGAUAACUCUUUUUCUAAUAGAGGAAACGAUAAAACCGGAAGAUGUAAGUUGUUAUAAAUAUAUCAUUCCAAAUACAAAAGAAGCGGUGGGAACCACAAUAGCUUUGUUGCUUGGUGGAUUCGGUGGCGGAGUUUGUGUAGCCGCUAGCAGUUAUAUAAUUUGUCGUGCUAAAACAUACAAUAAUUUAAGACGAAUAUGA